CGCACUCCAACCCCCGCUGGAAGCACCACCCACCGGCCUGCGCCUAACCCGCUGUUCCUCCGGCGCGCAGGCGCCGCUCUUCACCGACGCGGAAGCGGCUGACUGGAGCGAACGUCAAAUGGGCCUCUGAGGGUUUUUAACUUUCUCGCUUCUACCUGGGCGUCUCAGUCCCCAAACCUGUAACCCUGGGGCCUGGGUUCUCCACGCACGUUAGCGUCCCCUCACCUGCGCCUCCCACCGCGGAUUGUUGUCUCAAGGCCCAUCUCGCCUGGAAGAGAAGCCCAGAGGAGGCAGAGGAGGAAAACCUAAGAAUCAGGAAUGACUCUUUCUCAGGAACUGUUGACAUUCAAGGAUGUGGUCAUAGAAUUCUCUCAGGAGGAGUGGGAGUGCCUGGCCUCUGCCCAAAGAGCCCUGUACAGGGAUGUGAUGUUGGAGAACUACAGGAACCUGGUCUCCUUGGAUAUCCCUACUAUAUGUGUGAGAAAAGAAUUACCACCAAAAGAUGACCUAAAUAAUGGAGAAUUACUCCAAACUUUAAUUUUGGAAAGACACUUAAGUCAUCAGUUUGAUGAUUUUGACUUGAGAAAAGUCCAAGAUGUGAACAAAUUUGGGACUCAGUGGUUAUCUGAAGAAAAAAAAUAUGAAGAAGACACUGCAACCCAUUACAAAAAUCUCAUCUAUAGAGAACAUCAAGAACAUCAUAAAUUCUAUAAUGAUUUUCCUGUAAAGCACAAUGUUUCCAUAGGAAGAAGUACGUCUCAAUGUUACAAACAUUGUAUGGGGAGUAAGGCACUAAAAAACAAGCUGUGCUAUUCAGGAAGCAAGUACAGAAACCCUUUGGACAAUAGGCUUGGAUUAAGCUCUCAUUCACAUAUGGCUCAACUGCAGAGAUUUCAAACCCAUGAGGAAGUUUAUGAAAAUAAUCAAGUUGAGAAGUCUACCAAAAUGUCCUCAGUUUCACCACUUCAAAGAAUUCCUUCUAGUGUCAAAACCAACAUUUUAAAUAAAUAUGAGAAGGUUCUUAUGCAUCCUUCAUUACAGACACAACAACAGAAAACACCCAAAAGAGAAAAACCUUAUAAAUGCAGUGAGUGUGGGGAGACUUUUAGCCAUUGCUCAACCUUAGCUAAUCAUCAAAGAAUUCAUUCUGAGCCAAAACCUUAUAAAGGUAAUGAGUGUGGCAAAGCCUUUAAGAGGUUCUCAAAUCUCAUGAGAAUCCAUACUGGAGAGAAACCAUAUAAAUGUAAUGUAUGUGGUAAGGAUUUCACCACACAGUCACAUCUCUGGGGUCAUGAGCGAAUUCAUACUGGAGAGAAGCCUUACAAAUGCAAUGAGUGUGGCAAAGCCUUUUCUGAUGGUUCAUAUCUUGCUCAACAUAAGAACUUCCAUUCUGGACAAAAACCUUACAAAUGCAUUCAGUGUGGUAAGGAUUUUGCCACACGUUCACACCUUUGUAUUCAUAAGAGAAUUCAUACUGGAGAGAAACCAUUUACAUGUAAUGUAUGUGGUAAGAAUUUUAUGAUACCUUCACAGCUUUGGGGUCAUGAGCGAAUUCAUACAGGAGAGAAGCCUUACAAAUGUAGUGAGUGUGGCAAAGCCUUUUCUAGCGGUUCAAAUCUUGCUCAACAUAAGAGAAUCCAUUCCGGAGAGAAACCGUACAAGUGUAAUCACUGUGGUAAGGAUUUUACCACACGGUCAUACCUUUGGAGUCAUGAGAGAAUUCAUACUGGAGAGAAACCUUACAAAUGUAAUGUGUGUGGCAAGGCCUUUAUCAGGAGUUCCAAUCUUACUCAACAUAAGAGAGUUCAUGAUGGAGAGAAACCCUAUAAAUGUAAUAUCUGUGAAAAGGCCUUUAGUCAGAAUGCAAGUCUUACUGUUCACCAAAGAAUUCAUACUGGGGAGAAACCUUAUAAAUGUCAAGAAUGUGGUAAAGCCUUUAAACACUACUCAAGCAUCAACAAACACCAUAAUACACAUAGAGUAAAAAUACAAGUAUAAAGUGUGUGGUAAUACUUUUAUUAAAUGUUUACACCUUGGGAAUCAGAGAAUUCAUACCAGAGAGAAAACUUUUAAAUGUCGUGAAUGUUGCAAAUCCUUUAAGCACUGUUCAAGCCUGAGCAGAUACCAGAAUAUACAUACAUAUAGUGAAGACAUAGAUGUAAUGUGUGUAGUAAGGCUUUUACUAAAUAGUCUCACCUUUGGAGUCAUAAGGGAAGUCAUACUGAAAAGAAACCUCACCAAAGAAUGUAGCACAGCUUUCAUGCCAUGGCCUAGCCUCAAUAUUCACCAAAGAUUUCAUGUUAGAGAAAACCUUACAAAUAAAAUGCUGGGUAUCUUGCUUAAGCAGGUUUCACAAUGUACUAUGGAUCAGAGAAUUCUAGCAGUAUGAACUAAGUUUACUUGAAGAUUAAUCAAAUCAAAUGUUACACUCUACAGGAAAAUUAAAAGUCAAAAUGUUUUAAAGUGAUGGGUGUCAAAGGAGCAGCAAUAUCUGUGGAAUGACCCACUAAUCUUCAGUUUAUGUGAUCUUUUUAUUAAUCUUUUAUAUUCUUUUUAUUUUUUAGUCUUUUACAUAUCUUUUUUAAGAUUUUAUUUAUUGAGACAGAGGCAGAGACAUAGGCAGAGGGAGAAGCAGGCUCCACGCAGGGAGCCUGAUGGGGGACUUGAUCCCAGCACUCCAGGAUCAUGCCCUGAGCCAAAGGCAGAUGCUCAAUUGCUGAGCCACCCAGGCGUCCCAGUCUUUCAGAUUUCUUGAUGAGAUUACUUUAUUAUGGACUUUGGCCUUGAAAAUCUGUUGUUGAUGUUAUGUCUUCAUGAGUGUCUGUGCUUGUACCUUUUGUUUUGGUCCUAAUGUAAAUGGUACUUUAUUUUUAAUUAUCAAUUCACUUAAACAUUAAGUACCUUGGUAUCUAGGAAGGCAGUUAAUUUUUGAUCCUUAACCUUGUAUCCUGCUGCCUUGCUACAGUUUCAUAUUGUGUCUUAUCUACCAUACAUCAGGGCAUCAUAAAAUAAUAUUUCAAUGCUGUGGUGACAGGUGCCACUCUGUUUUGUUUCUGGAAUAAAAAGAAUGCACUCUCCAUUACUGUACUAAUAUCAAGCAGAUCUUAUAGUUAUUAAGUCCAGCUUGGUCAUGAGGACAUGAUACUAUUGUACUAUGUGGCAAUCAGAGUUUCUGCAGUUUAUUAAGAUCUCAGAAGCUGGGGCACCUGGGUGAGGCAGUCACUUAAAUGUCCAACUCUUGCUUUUAGCUCAAGUUAUAAUCUCAGGGUUGUGAGAUUAAGCCCUGCAUCUGGCUCUACACUCAGUGUGGGGUCUACUUAAGGCUGUUUCACUAUCCCACUGCCCCUCCCUUCUUAAGUCUCUUUCACCCUCUAAAUAAAUAAAUCCUUAAAAAAGAAAAAACUCAGAAGCUUUAUGCAUAACUGGUAUUGCCAUAUAGAAUAAAUCUCUACAUAUAAAUGGACUUGGACACAAACAAAAUUAUAAAUAGCAUACCCGAAUCUAAACAAGGACAGCUGGACAGCCCAGGUGGCUCAGUGGUUUAGUGCCGCCUUCAGCCCAGGGCCUGAUCCUGGAGACCCAGGAUCAAGUCCCGCGUCGGGCUCCCUGCAUGGAGCCUGCUUCUCCCUCUGCCUGUGUCUCUGCCUCUCUUUCUCUGUGUGUGUCUCAUGAAUAAAUAAAUAAAAUCUUUAAAAAAAAAAAAAAAAAAAAAAACAAGGACAGCCUAUGAAAACUCCUAAAUGUAGAUCUAGAUUAUAGGAAGAACACCAUCAACCACCUUUAUCCAUAUAUUGUGUUAAAAACAUGAUAUGAUUUGUUCCUACCUCCAGUAGGUUUAAGUUCCCAGUCUGCUACUAAACAGGAUGUGAAGUUACUCAAAUCAAUACUGUACCUUAGUCCACUUUAGAAUGGAAGUAGUAGUUUACACCCUCAAAUUUGUGAGGAAUAAAGACAUUAACUCCUUGUA